GCGUAUUUUAUAUCGUUAAUGUCUGAAAAAUAACUGAACAUUACAUCUCAAUUAGAUUGGCAAUAGAAAUAUUUCAAUCAAUAUGUAUUGAUUUUGAUACACAUCCUGGGCCAUGAUGUUUCUUUAGAUGUGUGUGACUGUAUCUUAAAUCCAUUGAAACUGUCACAAGUGUAAAGUGUACAACUUUACAUGCAAAAAUGUCCUUGUCGUCGUGCUGAUAACUCCCCUCAAGAGCUCGGACAGUGCAGUGUAGUCCACUGGCGCCAUCUGGUGGACAGUUACAAAAAUGAGAGGAAACGCUUCAAGGAACAUAACUUCCUGUUUAAAAAUGGCUGCACCCUUACGAAUGUCACAUUAGAAAUUACAAGUAACGUUACUGCUUUAUGUAAUAUAGAAAACGUUAUUGAGCUUUUACAUAUUCGUUUGACCUCUUUUUGCAGCGUAUACAUAAACAUGGUCCGUCUAUGUAAGUAUGAUUCGGUUGCUAUUUAGCUAACACUGUCAGUGGGAACAUGGGCUAGCUAGCAAGCAGGAGUAGUACUAGUAAGUAGUAUGCCUACACGUCAACCCGAUAUGGCUGUAACGUUACUGUGUAGCUAGCUAGGCUAGCCUCAAUGAUUGGUAUAGCUAACGUUAGAUACCACAGUGAUGUUUCUAAUAAGUAGGCUAAUGUACCUUUAAUGGAAUGUACAUCAUAAAUCAAAUCAAAUCAAAUUUUAUUUUUCACAUGCGCCGAAUACAACAGGUGUAGACCUUACAGUGAAAUGCUUACUUAUAAGCCCUUAACCAACAAUGCAGUUAUAAGAAAGAAUACCAAAAAAAAUCACACAAAAAAUAUAAUAUAAAAUAAUACGAAAUAAAAGUAACAAAUAAUUAAAGAGCAGCAGUAAAAAUAACAAUAGCGAGGCUAUAUACAGGGGGUACUGGUACCGAGUCAAUGUGCGGGGGCACCAGUUAGUCGAGGUAAUUAGGGUAAUAUGUACAUGUAAGUAGAGUUAUUAAAGUGACUAUGCAUAGAUAAUAAACAGAGAGUAGCAGCAGCGUAAAAGAGGGGGGGGGGGGGGGGGGGGUAGAGGCUGUUUAGAAGCCUCUUGGACCUAGACUUGGCGCUCUGGUACCGCUUGCCGUGCGGUAGGCAAUUUAAUUGCAGAUUUUGUUGUAUUGUCUUUACAGCAUCCUUCCUACUGAAGACAUACCAUGGAGGACACAUUGUCAUCAGAUUGGCAAUGGCUGGCCACAAACAGUCUAACAGACCCUUCUACCGCGUUGUGGCAGCUUACAACAAGCGAGCACGAGACAGUAAAUACAUAGAACAAUUGGGCUCUUAUGACCCCCUGCCAAACAUCUACAAUGAGAAACUGGUCAGCUUCAACUCCGACAGGAUCAAGUACUGGAUGGGCUGUGGUGCACAUCCAACGAAGCCUGUGGCCAAACUUCUAGGUGUGUUCCCUCUACACUCACCAUGAAAACACACACUUUCCAGGUUUAUUGAAACAACCAAUGUAAGGCCUACAUCAUGCAAAAGACACUAAAUCACAGGUUAAUAAACUAACUAAUAUACUUUUAACUGUACUCAAUACUUCCACUAAAGUCUCAAUGCUACCUUGGAAUCUAUGUGGUCUAAGUCAUCCCUCCCAUCUCUGUUCCUGUAGGACUGGCUGGGUUCUUCCCCCUGCAUCCCAUGACGGUGACAGAGGCAGAGCGUCGCAGGGCCCUGGUAGAACUAGCAGAGGGAGCAGCGCCGGAGGAGGUAGAUAAGCAGCAGGAACUAUGAGAGCUUCAGUGCUGGAACGUGUGGGACUGUCGAGCAUAGCAGGAUGUGGACAUUGGACACGAAGGACAGCCGAAUAUGCCAUUCCCCUCCCAAAAGGCUGACUGUUUCCAGGGAAAGCCUUUGUUCUAUGUGUAACUAUGAAUAUUCAAAAGCAGUGCUUUUCCUACAGCUUUUCUUUUUUUAUUUAACCAUUGUGCAGUUUAUUCACAUCUCUAUAGCAAUACAGUUGUUUAAUAAACAGUUUCUUGUGGUUAAAGUUAUAAAUUUUCA